CGACAAGAGGGUAAAGGUGAGACCUGGAAGGCUAAACCCAAAGAUUCCCCCCAGCCCCGAGCGCCCCGAGUUUCCAGUUUCGUGUCGGAGGGGCGGGGGUUGGUUUGGUUGUUUCCGCGCCAGCUCAGGUUUGGGGAGGGGUCGCUGAAGCGUCCGCCCUCCCAACCCGGUCCACUCAGCGCAACAACAAAGGUGCAGGUGGGCGGCGGGUGGCGUCUCCGGGUCUCGGGUUCCAUCUCUCCCCGCCCCCGCCUCUCUGGAACGCGCUGUGUGGCCGCUUCUCUCCAGCGCGCGGCGCUGCGCUCGCUUUCAUCCCCAGCGCCGCGUCGGUUCUUGCGCUGACAGCCGGGCUCAGCCAGUCGGCUGGAAUUGAGUAGCAUUCACUGAAGCUGCAGCUUUCAUGACGUCUCCCUGCGUGGUCCAUCACUUUUCUCCCAGCCGGGGAUUUUUUUCUUCCACCACUCUUGCCUUUUCCCCCUUUCCCUGUCCCUGCCCAAACGCACACCCCUCCGCCCCUCCUUUGGCCCCCGCGCCCACCCCUCCUCUCCGCUCUCGGCCAGAGGGAGCCAGUUCGAAGACCGCCGCACCUGGCCGGAGAGGUCGCGCGGGCGGAGGGGUGGGAUCCGCGGGGACCGGGAAGCGAGCCCCAGAGCUGGAUGCACCGCGAGGAGAAUGGAGUCUCCUGACAGCCUCCCGGGGCUGCUGUGACAUUUGACCAUCUGAUUCCAGGCUUUCUUGUUUUGUUUUUGUUUUUCUUUUCUUUUUUUUAUUUCUUCUCCGCGCCAUCCAUCGUGUCGUGAAUGAUUAAAUCUUGCUCCGUUCCAAGAGAGGAGAUCAUGAUUGAGUGAAAUCACCCCGUCCGCAGCAGGAAAAGCACAAAGAAGAAACUGCAACAAUGGCCAAGCUGACAGAAUCCAUGACUAACGUCCUGGAGGGCGACUCCAUGGAUCAGGACGUUGAGAGCCCUGUGGCCAUUCACCAGCCUAAGUUGCCUAAGCAGGCCAGGGACGACCUGCCAAGACACAUCAGCCGGGACCGGACCAAAAGGAAAAUCCAGAGGUAUGUGCGAAAAGACGGAAAGUGCAAUGUCCACCAUGGCAACGUGAGGGAGACCUAUCGCUACCUGACUGAUAUCUUCACCACCUUAGUAGACCUCAAGUGGAGAUUCAAUCUGUUGAUUUUCGUCAUGGUUUACACAGUGACAUGGCUUUUUUUUGGGAUGAUCUGGUGGCUAAUUGCAUACAUCCGAGGAGAUAUGGACCACAUAGAGGACCCCUCAUGGACUCCCUGCGUCACCAACCUCAACGGGUUCGUCUCUGCUUUUUUAUUCUCAAUAGAGACAGAAACCACCAUUGGUUAUGGCUACAGGGUCAUCACGGACAAGUGCCCGGAGGGAAUUAUUCUCCUCUUAAUCCAGUCUGUGUUGGGGUCCAUUGUCAAUGCAUUCAUGGUGGGAUGCAUGUUUGUAAAGAUAUCACAACCCAAGAAGAGGGCAGAGACCCUGGUUUUCUCCACCCAUGCGGUGAUCUCCAUGCGGGAUGGGAAACUGUGCCUCAUGUUCCGAGUAGGGGAUCUUAGGAAUUCCCACAUCGUGGAGGCUUCCAUCAGAGCCAAGCUGAUCAAAUCCAAACAGACCUCGGAGGGGGAGUUCAUCCCUUUGAAUCAGACGGAUAUCAAUGUAGGGUAUUACACGGGGGAUGACCGUCUGUUUCUGGUGUCACCACUCAUCAUCAGCCAUGAAAUCAACCAACAGAGUCCUUUCUGGGAGAUCUCCAAAGCCCAGCUGCCCAAAGAGGAACUGGAAAUCGUGGUCAUCCUAGAAGGAAUGGUAGAAGCUACAGGGAUGACGUGCCAAGCUCGCAGCUCCUACGUCACCAGUGAGAUCCUCUGGGGUUACCGGUUCACUCCUGUCCUGACGCUGGAGGACGGGUUCUACGAAGUCGACUACAACAGCUUCCACGAGACCUACGAGACCAGCACUCCGUCUCUUAGCGCCAAAGAGCUGGCCGAGCUGGCCACCAGGGCAGAGCUGCCCCUGAGCUGGUCUGUGUCCAGCAAACUCAACCAACAUGCAGAACUGGAGACCGAGGAGGAAGACAAGAGCGUGGAGGAGCAAACGGAAAGGAAUGGAAACCUGGAUUCCAUCUGAGGAAACGGCAUUGUGGUCCUGGCCCCAUCCCCAGAUGAGCUGUGGUCUUGGACAAAUCACUGGACUGCUCUGAAAUAGUUUUCUUAUCUUUUUUGAAUGAAUAAACUUUAUUUUUUAGAGCAGUUUUAGGUUCACAGCAAAACUGAGGGGAAGGCACAGAGGUUUCCCUGCACCCCCUGCCCCCACACCCACAGCCUCCUCCGUCACCAACAUCCCCACCAGGUGGGGCAUGUGUUACAAUCGAUGACCCUAAGCUGACUCGUCAUCCUCACCCAAUAUCAGAGCUUCCAUUAGGGUUCACUCUCGGUGUCAGGCAUUCUGUGAGUUUUGACAAGUGUAUAAUCACACAAGUCCACCAUUGUAUAAUACUAUGACUACAGAGUAGUUUCACUGCUCUAAUAUCUUCUGCACUCUGCUAAUUCAUCUGUCCCCUCCUGCCUAACCCUUGGAAAACACUGAUCUUUUCACCGUCUCCAUAGUUUUGCCUUUUCCAGAAUGUCAUAGUGUUGGGAUCAAACAGUAUGACACCUUUUCACAUUGGCUUCUUUCACUGAGUAACAUGCAUUUAAGUUUCCUCCAUGUCUU